AUGCCUGCUCCGGGCGCCUUCAUCUUCCUCGCGGCCGUCUCUCUUUCGGGCUGCCUGGCGUCCCCGGUCCAUCCCGACGGAUUCGCCCUUGGCCGGGCCCCCCUGGCUCCUCCCUACGCUGUGGUCCUCAUUUCCUGCUCUGGCCUGCUGGCCUUCAUCUUUCUCCUCCUCACCUGUCUGUGCUGCAAAAGGGGUGAUGUUGGCUUCAAGGAGUUUGAGAACCCCGAAGGGGAGGACUGCUCUGGGGAGUACACCCCCCCUGCAGAGGAGACCUCCUCCUCGCAGUCGCUGCCUGAUGUCUACAUUCUCCCUCUGGCUGAGGUCUCCCUGCCAAUGCCAGCCCCGCAGCCUGCACAUUCAGACAUGACCACCCCCCUGGGCCUUAGCCGCCAGCAUCUCAGCUAUCUACAGGAGAUUGGGAGCGGCUGGUUUGGGAAGGUGAUCCUGGGGGAGAUUUUCUCUGACUACACCCCGGCCCAGGUGGUGGUGAAGGAGCUCAGGGCCAGUGCUGGGCCCCUGGAGCAGCGCAAGUUCAUCUCCGAAGCUCAGCCCUACAGAAGCCUGCAGCACCCCAACGUCCUCCAGUGCCUGGGCCUAUGUGUGGAGACGCUGCCCUUCUUGCUGAUCAUGGAGUUCUGUCAGCUGGGGGACCUGAAACGAUACCUCCGGGCCCAGCGGCCCCCCGAGGGCCUGUCCCCCGAACUGCCCCCUCGAGACCUGCGGACCCUGCAAAGGAUGGGCCUGGAGAUCGCCCGUGGCCUGGCGCACCUGCACUCGCACAACUACGUGCAUAGCGACCUGGCGCUGCGCAACUGCUUGUUGACCUCCGACCUCACGGUGCGCAUCGGGGACUACGGGCUGGCGCACAGCAACUACAAGGAGGACUACUACCUGACGCCCGAGCGCCUGUGGAUCCCGCUGCGCUGGGCGGCGCCCGAGCUGCUGGGGGAGCUGCAUGGGACCUUCAUGGUGGUCGAUCAGAGCCGGGAGAGCAACAUCUGGUCCUUGGGGGUGACCCUGUGGGAGCUGUUUGAAUUUGGGGCUCAGCCCUACCGCCAUCUGUCAGACGAGGAGGUCCUGGCCUUCGUGGUCCGCCAGCAGCACGUGAAGCUGGCCCGCCCCAGGCUCAAGCUGCCCUACGCGGACUACUGGUACGACAUCCUGCAGUCCUGCUGGCGGCCCCCGGCCCAGCGGCCCUCGGCGUCCGACCUGCAGCUGCAGCUCACCUACCUGCUGUCGGAGCGGCCGCCACGGCCGCCGCCGCCGCCGCCGCCGCCCCGCGACGGCCCCUUCCCCUGGCCCUGGCCCCCCUCGCACAGCGCCCCCCGCCCGGGGACCCUGUCCUCGCCGUUCCCCCUGCUGGAUGGCUUCCCCGGGGCCGACCCUGACGACGUGCUCACGGUCACCGAGAGCAGCCGCGGCCUCAACCUCGAGUGCCUGUGGGAGAAGGCGCGGCGAGGCGCGGGCCGCGGCGGGGGGGCGCCCCCGUGGCAGCCGGCGUCCGCGCCCCCGGCCCCCCACGCCAACCCCUCCAACCCCUUCUACGAGGCGCUGUCCACGCCCAGCGUGCUGCCCGUCAUCAGCGCCCGCAGCCCCUCGGUGAGCAGCGAGUACUACAUCCGCCUGGAGGAGCAUGGCUCCCCGCCCGAGCCCCUCUUCCCCAACGACUGGGACCCCCUGGACCCGGGUGUGCCCGCCGCCCCGGCCCCCCAGGCCCCGUCCGAGGUCCCCCAGCUCGUGUCCGAGACCUGGGCCUCCCCCCUCUUCCCGGCGCCGCGGCCCUUCGCUGCCCAGGCCGCGGCCGGCAGCUUCCUGCUGAGCGGCUGGGACCCCGAGGGCCGGGGCGCCGGGGAGACCCUGGCCGGAGACCCCGCCGAGGUGCUGGGGGAGCGGGGUGCGGCCUGGGCCGAGGAGGAGGAGGAAGAGGAGGAGGAGGAGGAGGGCAGCUCCCCCGGGGAGGGCAGCAGCAGCCUGGGCGGGGGGCCCGGCCGCCGGGGUCCCCUCCCCUGUCCGCUGUGCAGCCGCGAGGGCCCCUGCGCCUGCCUGCCCCUGGAGCGGGGGGACGCCGUGGCCGGCUGGGGGGGGCACCCCGCGCUGGGCUGCCCGCACCCCCCGGAGGACGACUCGUCCCUGCGGGCCGAGCGCGGCUCCCUGGCCGACCUGCCUCUGGUCCCCCCCGCGCCGGCCCCCCCCGAGUUUCUGGACCCUCUCAUGGGGGCCGCGGCGCCCCAGUACCCCGGGCGGGGGCCGCCCCCCGCUCCCCCCCCUCCACCGCCGCCUCCCCGGGCCCCCGCCGAGCCGGCCGCGUCCCCCGACCCCCCGUCGGCCCUGGCCAGUCCUGGCUCCGGCCUGUCGUCGCCGGGCCCCAAGCCGGGGGACAGCGGCUACGAGACCGAGACCCCUUUUUCCCCCGAGGGAGCCUUCCCCGGUGGGGGGGCGGCCGAGGAGGAAGGGGUCCCUCGGCCGCGGGCUCCCCCCGAGCCGCCCGACCCCGGAGCGCCCCGGCCACCCCCAGACCCGGGUCCCCUCCCGGCCCCCGGGCCGCAGGAGAAGCCGAGCUUCGUAGUGCAAGUGAGCACCGAGCAGCUGCUCGAGUCCCUGCGGGAGGGCGUGACCAGGAACCUCCUGGGGGGCCCGGGGCCCCCGGCGCCCAGGAAGGCGGGGAGAGGCCCCCCCGCGAGCCGAGAGACAGCUCCCCCGGGCCCGAGCCCGGACCCGCCAGCCCCGAGCAGCGGCGCCCAGACAGCCCCCAGCCCGAGCCUCCCCGGGAACGGGAGCGGGGUGACAGCCUCGCCGAACGGGGGCCAGGCAGCCCCGGGCCCGGAGAAGACGGCCGAGAACGGGGGACUGGGGUCCCCAGAGAGGGACGAGACAGUGCUGGAGAAUGGGGAGCUGACGCCGCCAAGGAGGAAGGCGAGGCCCCUGGAGAAUGGGGAGCUGAGGUCCCCAGAGGCCGGGGAGAAGGCGCUGGUGAAUGGGGGGCCGACGUCCCCAAAGAGCCGGGGGGAGAAGGCGCCCGCGAAUGGGGGCCUGAGGCUCCCCAGGAACACGGGGAGCCCACCGGAGACUGGGCCUUGGAGGUCCCCGGGGCCCCAGGAGAAGACGCCCGGGACUGGGGGUCCAGCCCCAGAGACCUCCCUGGAGAGAGCCCCCACCUGCGGCCAGGGGCCCUGGGCCCAGAACGGCUUGGAGACGGCCCCUGGCCCUCGUGGCCCAGCCCCCAAGAACGGGACGCUGGACCCCGGGACCGAGAGGAGAGUCCUCGAGACUGGGAGGCUGGACCUCGGGAAUGGGGGCCGAGCCCCGGCGGACGUGGGGACGGGGGGCCCCGGCGGAGGCCCCGAAAACGGCGCGGACGCAAAGGCCGGAUGGGGAGACAGCAAGAGGCCACCGCCGCUGCCGCCGCCACCGGAGGCCCCGGCGAGGAGGCUGGAGCCAGUGCCCCCGAGGGUCCGGCCGGAGGUGGCCUCCGAGGGAGACCCCCCCGGGGUCCCAGACCCCAGGGCCGACGGAGACACAGCACCCAGCGGAGACGGGGACCCCCCCAAGCCCGAGAGGAAGGGCCCCGAGAUGCCACGACUGUUCUUGGACUUGGGCCCCCCUCAGGGGAACAGCGAACAGAUCAAAGCCAAGCUCUCCCGGCUGUCGCUGGCGCUCCCGCCACUCUCGCUCACGCCGUUCCCGGGCCCGGGCCCGCGGCGGCCCCCGUGGGAGGGCGCGGACGGCGGGGCGGCUGGCGGGGAGGCCGGCGGGGCGGGGUCGCCGGGGCCGGCGGAGGAGGACGGGGAGGACGAGGACGAGGACGAGGAGGAGGACGAGGAGGCGGCGGGCGCGGCGGCGGGACCUCGGGGCUCCGGGAGGACGCGGGCAGCCCCGGUGCCCGUCGUGGUGAGCAGCGCCGACGCGGACGCGGCCCGGCCGUUGCGGGGAUUGCUCAAGUCUCCGCGCGGGGCCGACGACUCGGAGGACAGCGAGCUGGAGAGGAAGCGCAAGAUGGUCUCCUUCCACGGGGACGUGACCGUCUACCUCUUCGACCAGGAGACACCAACCAACGAGUUGAGCGUGCAGGGCCCCCCCGAGGGGGACACGGACCCAUCAACGCCCCCAGCGCCCCCGACGCCUCCCCACCCCGCCACCCCCGGAGAUGGGUUUCCCAGCAACGACAGCGGCUUUGGAGGCAGUUUCGAGUGGGCGGAGGAUUUCCCCCUCCUCCCCCCGCCCGGGCCCCCCCUGUGCUUCUCCCGCUUCUCCGUCUCGCCUGCACUGGAGACCCCGGGGCCCCCCACUCGGGCCCCCGACGCCCGGCCCGCAGGCCCCGUGGAGAACUGACUCCCCAGAGACCCGACCCUCCUGCACCCCCAGACGAGGGGCUGAGAGUG